AUGCCGGUCGCGAUGGCUUGGUUCGCAAAUUGGGAAGAUGCGGACAACCCAGCGUUCGGCCUUGCGAACAUGAACUGGACGCAAUACACGAGGGUGUCAUACUCAUUUCUUGAACCGACCACAGAUCAAACUAUACCCGUUGACGGGUAUGAUGACCAGCUGAAGCAGUUUGUGCAAGAGGCUCACGCAAACAAUGUGAACACGUCAAUUACUGUCGGCGGAUGGACCGGGUCAAGAUACUUCUCGUCAGCAGUAGCUACCGAGCAAAGUCGGUCCAACUUCGUCAAUGCAGCCGUGCAGCUCGUCGACACUUACAAUCUCGACGGCCUGGACUUCGAUUGGGAAUACCCGAGCCAGACUGGCAUCGGCUGUAACGAGCAGUCUCCCAACGACGCCUCGAACUACCUCCUCUUCCUCCAAGAGCUCCGGAGUCGCCUGCCCUCCAAGACGCUUUCCGCCGCCGUCGGGCUCAAGCCCUUCCUCGACUCGUCCGGCUCGCCCAUGACAGACGUCUCCGGGUUCUACUCCGUCCUCGACUACAUCGAGCCGAUGAACUACGACGUCUGGGGCAGCUUCUCGUCGUCUGUCGGCCCAAACUCGCCGCUCGCCGACGCGUGCGCGUCCUCCGCGCGCCAGGAGGGCUCCGCGACGAGCGCGGUGAAGGCGUGGUCCGCCGCGGGGUUCAAGGCGGAUAAGAUCGUGCUCGGCGUCGCGGGCUACGGGCAUAGCUUCAGGGUGACGAAGGAGAACGCGUAUGUGUCCUCGACGAACAAGACGCUGAGGAUGUAUGCGUCGUUCGAUACGGAGGGCCAGCCGAACGGGGACAGCUGGGACACGGCCGCGCCAGGGACGACGGCGACGGACGAGUGUGGUAACCCGUCGAGCGCGGUUACGGGGAUCUUCAACUAUUGGGGAAUGUACCAACAGGGCUUCCUCGAUGCGUCCGGCAUGCCUGCAGACGGGAUUGACUACCUCUGGGACUCGUGCAGCUCUACGCCAUUUGUCUACAACUCCAAUACGCAAGUCAUGGUAUCCUACGACGACGCCAACUCCUUCACGGCCAAGGGCAAGUAUAUACUAAACUCAGGUCUGCGAGGAUGGGCGAUGUGGGAAGCCGCGAGCGACUACGACAACAUGCUUGUGGACGCCAUCAGGGCUGCGAGCAUGCGCUGCACCUUUGCUUCCAUGGUCACCGAGUCGUUGGUAACUUCGGUCGAAGAUGUCACAACCCUAUAA